GUCGGUCGGCUGUGAGGGUCGUGUGGCCGGCGGCUCCCCGAUGCACCCGCCUCGGCCGCCGCGGGCCGGGGUGUGCGCGUAGGGCCCCGCUCUGGCCCUUUAAAGCGCGGCGGGGCAGGGAGGGAGCGGCCUGGAGGACGAGGCGGCCGCCGCGGGCAGGAGGAUGGGGGCGAAUCAGUUGGUGGUGCUCAACGUGUACGACAUGUACUGGAUGAACGAAUACACCUCAUCCAUCGGAAUUGGAGUUUUCCAUUCAGGAAUUGAAGUUUAUGGCAGAGAAUUUGCAUAUGGUGGACAUCCUUACCCCUUUUCUGGAAUAUUCGAAAUUUCCCCAGGAAAUGCUUCUGAGCUUGGAGAAACAUUUAAAUUUAAAGAAGCUGUUGUUUUAGGGAGUACUGAUUUCCUUGAAGAUGAUGUAGAAAAAAUUAUAGAAGAAUUGGGAAAAGAAUACAAAGGCAAUGCCUAUCAUUUGAUGCAUAAAAACUGCAAUCACUUUUCUUCAGCUUUCUCAGAGAUUCUUUGUGGAAAGGAGAUUCCUCGCUGGAUCAAUCGACUUGCCUACUUCAGCUCCUGUAUACCCUUUCUACAGAGUUGCCUCCCAAAGGAGUGGCUCACUCCUGCAGCCCUGCAGUCUAGUGUCAGCCAAGAGCUCCAGGAUGAACUGGAGGAAGCAGAGGAUGCUGCUGCAUCCGCUUCCAUGGCAAGCUCUGCAGCAGGCUCCAGACCCGGACGCCACACUAAACUAUAAAUGUCUCCAAAGUCUCACAUUCCGAACUGUCUCUUGACAGUUGACUAUCACUAGAGAAAAGUAAGAGUGAAAAUGUCCUUUAGAUAUUUUGUAUGCAAAGAUGGCUCUCCCCCAAAUCCCAGUUUAUCAGCUCAGGAUUAUAUUUGUAAUCAAAAAAAAAAAAAAUCACUUGGCGCAGGAGGGAGAACUUUGUAUGAAGCUGCCCUCUGUUUUUUUUAUCCACUUGUAAAUUUGGAUUUACUUCUCUGAUUUAUACAAACUCCAUUUAAGUUAUGUUUACAGUAUUUUGUAUCGCUGUUUACAAAUCUUGCAUGGACUCCUGCCUCAGUGAAUGAAGAAAAUCUUCAUGUCUUCAGAAAAUAGGCAGGUUAUAUCUUUAUACACUUCUGACAAUUGCCAGAGCUAUGGCAUAAAUAAUAGGCACACAAAAAAGGUACUUAACACCAUUAUAGUCACCACCACCUGCUAAAGAGUUGUCUUUUAGGUCUGUUUAUUUUCGUAAAUAUUUUGGCACCAGGAUGUAGAGAGGAAGGCAUGUACAUCUCACCCUGAGGGCUUAGAACCUGGGUUAGCGUGAGAGGUGAUCAAUGCCUGAGCCUAGUUCCUCUUUUAGCACUUCCAUUCUGAGUAGCACAUCCCCCAAGGUUCUGAGGAAAUGAUUGCUUUCCUACAUCUGCCCAGUUAAACGGGGUAGUGUAUUCCUCUGUCCGUCUGGCUUUGAUGCCUCUUGAGUCCGUAAUUAACAUUUUUUGUUGUUGUUUAAGAGAUUCUUGCUAGUAACUGACAAGAGUUUUGCACAUUAUUGGGGACUUUGUUUUUAGUUUAAUACCUGUUGAUAUCCUCUCUGCACUGCAUUUUGUUUGUGUGAAAGGAAUAUUCUAUGUAGUAACCACAUCGCAGUCUGGGUUGACAUUCAACUGCUUUUGACUAUGCUACCUUUUUACUAGAUCAGGAAAACCAGUCUCCAAUAUAACAUACUCCAAAAAGGUAAUUCUUUGAUAUUUGAAACAUUUUAUGUACCAUGUCAGAAAGAGUAUGUUGAAAUUUGGUGAUUUGUUAUGGAAGGCUAAAAGAUUUGCCUCAUAAAAAAAAUAAUAAUAAGCCUGAUUUUAAUGAUCUCUUGUUAGAAAAUUGUAUUUCUAUGUCCAAAAUACAUCUUUUUUCUGUUAAGUGUCACUUACAUAAUAAACUCAAAGAACAAAAUUGUCACCACAGGUUACCACACCUCAUUAGAAAGGAAUCUGUCAGCUCAAGUCUACUCCCAUUUUGACCCUUGGAUGGAAAAGCCAAGUCAUUACAUGUCAAUUCAAUUUUUCUGCCUUAAGAAUGAAUGUCCUACGUAAAAUAUUGGAUGCAGUGUAUAAAUUAUAAAAGGCAGUGACUUCAGCUUUAUAUAUAUAUAUAUAUAUAUAUAUUGUUAGUUUUAAAGUCAUCUACUUUAUUUAAACUAGAUUGGAUUGUUUGCUAUUGCUCUUUGUAAAGAUACAUAUCUUUCAGUAAACUACAUUUUUAACUUUUUCAUAAGCUGAUUUUUGUUAUUUAUAUCAACUUAAGCACACCCUGUUCAAUGGGAAAAUAAACGUUGGGCUAUAAGCAUUGACCUGAGAUAAAUGAAGCCACUUAACCUAAUUUAUGCUUUUGACUAUUUUGUUUAUGGAGAGGAAAGCCUUUAUAAAAUUAUUCUGUUUCCAGGGUUAGAAGGUUGCAGAACUUGUUUUAAGAUAUAUAACAGAAAUGAAUUUAUGACCAUGAAAAGUAAACCUUGGCUUGGGCCAAAAAAAUGAGAUUUAGACUAAAACACUAAUAUUAUAGCCAUGAAUUUAUUCACUAAGAGUCUUAUCCCCAAAACCCAGGUUAGUGAAAAGUGAAGGAUUUUUUGGUAUUUUAUUUUAAUGUGAAGUACUAUUUUUUCUAAUCCAUGCAGAUAAUCUAUGAUUAAAUCUGAGUGGCUGACAUGUUAACUAAUAAUCAGCCAAUCAUUAGAAACUUAAUAGCGAAUAUUUAGAAAUAUCCCCUCUGUGCUUAUUCAGUGCCCACUUCAACACAUUUGAUUUUCUUCUUGUUGUUAUUUUAUUGUAUUUACUGUCAUAUUUGACAUUUGGAGCUUAAAAAUAGUGUCAAGGGCAUUAGUAGAAAUAGCAUCCUGAGGGUUAUAUCUAACUGACAGCAAGUAAAAUUCUAAACAUGAGAUAGCUUAUAAUCUUUGUAUCUGAGGUUGAGAAUAUCUUUAUCUCAUUUAAGAUAGUUUCUUCUCUAAGUUUAAAAUUGAAUUAGCAUUUAGCCAGCAUUCCCUUGCCUUGGAGGAAAUGAAUUUU